AGCAAGAAUUUUGUUGCUCGAUGUGUCAUUUUACWUGUCGAUAUGAUUAUUAUGGAAGGAAUCCUCCAUUCAGCAAAGCAGUUGUGUUACUUGAAGAUGCUUUUGUUGUGCAAGAUCCAUUUUCUCCAUCACAAAGUCAUUUAACUCUGGGAAGUAAAUGUUCCUUGUGUUCGAUUGAUGUAUGCGUUGGGCAGGGAUGUAGCCUGUUUUAUACAAAGAGAUUUUGCAUUUCUUGUGCAAAGAAGAAUCUUGCUGAAUUUCCAGAAGAAAUCAAAACAGAGUUAUCAAAGAAAUAAUUAAUAGGUAAGACUGAUAUAAAAUGUUGACAAUGCAUGUUUGAAAAAUAAUUUAAAAUAUAAUUUAGUGAUUAAUCCUCCCUAGCAGAAAUUUUAGAAGUUCAGUUCUGGGAGAAUGCAAUUACAAAAUGGCUCAUUUAGUAGUGGAAGAAUGUUUCUUCAAUUUUUUCAUUUCUCUCUCUCUUUUUUUUUCUUU